AUGGCUGGAAGGAAUGAUGCUGCGAUUGCUGCUGCUUUGCAAGCGAUGGCUCAGGCUAUGCAGAACCAGCCGAAUGCUGACGAGAAUGCUGGAUCUCGUAGUUUGGCGACCUUCCAAAGAGAGAAUCCACCGGUGUUCAAGGGUAAGCAUGAUCCAGAUGGAGCAUUGGAGUGGUUGAAGGAGAUUGAGAGGAUUUUCCGUGUGAUGGAUUGCACCCCAGCUCAAAAGGUUCGGUAUGGCACUCAUAUGCUAGCAGUCGAAGCUGAUGACUGGUGGCUGGAAAUGCGCGACAAAUUGGAAGCUGCAGGCGAGGGAAUUACUUGGGAUGUGUUUCGUAGGGAGUUCCUGAGGAAGUACUAUCCUGAAGAUGUUCGGGGUAAGAAAGAGAUUGAGUUCCUCGAGCUGAAACAAGGGAAUCGGUCAGUGACAGAAUAUGCUGCGAAGUUCGUUGAGUUGGCUAAGUUCUACCCACAUUUCAAUGGAGAAGGUGCUGAAUUUUCUAAGUGCAUCAAGUUUGAGAAUGGAUUGCGCUCUGACAUCAAGAAGGCUGUUGGAUAUCAGAAGAUUCGUGUCUUCUCUGAUUUGGUUGAUAGUUGCAGAAUCUUUGAAGAAGAUAGCAAUGCUCAUCACAAAGUUGUUACCGAUAAGAGAGGCAAGAGUCAACAGAACCGCGGCAAGCCUUAUGAUGCGGGAAAGGGUAAACAGAGAAUUUCUCCAGGUCAGAGGACUAGUGGGGGAGACGCUCCUGCUAAGAUUGUGUGUUUCAAAUGUGGGCAGCCUGGUCACAGGAGCAAUGCGUGCACUACUGCUGAGGUGAAGAGGUGUUUCCGUUGUGGUAAGGCGGGACAUGCAGUUUCUGAGUGCAGGCAUAAGGAAGCUGUCUGUUUCAAUUGUGACACCUAG